UAUGUAUAAAAGCUUUGGCGCAGUUUUGUUCCUCUUACGUAAGUUGCGUUUGACCUUGGUGAAGGGACUAAACUUUCCUCUGAAGUCUACCUCCUAAAACACAAUGGCAAAAGUUGGCAUCAAUGGAUUUGGACGUAUUGGCCGCCUAGUUCUCCGUUCUUGUUUGGACAAAGGAAUUGAAGUUGUAGCUGUUAAUGAUCCUUUUAUUGAUGUUAAUUACAUGGUUUACAUGUUCAAGUAUGAUUCUACACAUGGUCGUUACAAAGGUGAAAUCCGAGCUGAAGGAGGAAUGCUGAUUGUUGGUGGACAGAAAAUCCAUGUUUUUCAAGAGAUGAAACCUAGUGCCAUUCCAUGGGGAAAAAUUGGUGCAGAAUAUGUUGUGGAAUCAACUGGAGUUUUCACAACAUUAGAGAAAGCAAAACCACACAUUGAGGGAGGGGCCAAGAAGGUUAUCAUCUCUGCACCUUCAGCUGAUGCUCCCAUGUUUGUCAUGGGUGUGAACCACGAAAAGUAUGAUCCUACAAUGGAAAUCGUCAGUAAUGCAUCUUGUACCACCAACUGUUUAGCUCCCCUUGCUAAGGUCAUCAAUGAUAACUUUGGUAUUGUUGAAGGUCUUAUGACCACAGUUCAUGCUGUUACAGCCACCCAGAAGACCGUUGAUGGACCAAGUUCUAAGGUAUAUUUCCUAUUUUCUAACUUGUUAAAUAUUGAAGUAAAAUAUUUCACUUUUGAAAUUGUAGGUAGUAGCCUUCAGUUGUUCUUGAUCAACGUUUUUCUCUUACAGGCAUGGCGGGAUGGUCGUGGGGCCAAUCAAAAUGUCAUUCCUGCUUCAACAGGAGCUGCCAAGGCUGUGGGUAAAGUUAUUCCAGAAUUAAAUGGCAAACUGACUGGCAUGGCUUUCCGUGUCCCUGUUUCCGAUGUCUCUGUUGUGGAUCUGACUUGUCGGCUUGCUAAGGAAGCCUCUUACGAUGAAAUUAAAGCUGCAGUAAAAGCUGCUUCUGAAAGUGACCAGUGGAAAGGGAUCUUGGGAUACACAGAAGAUUCAGUUGUGUCAUCAGAUUUUAUAGGCGAUUCUCACAGCAGCAUAUUUGAUGCUGCAGCAGGUAUUUCACUGAACAAAAACUUUGUGAAGCUGAUUUCAUGGUAUGAUAACGAGUAUGGCUACAGCUGUAGAGUAGCUGAUCUAAUUACUUAUAUACACAGCAGGGCAUAAAACCUUGGUGGUCCUUCAUCUGCCAAAGUGGAGGAGUCCUCUUAAGCUGAUAAACUAUCACUUGCUUCUGGUUGCUGAUUUAAUGAUUCAUCGUAACUUAAUAUAAAACUAUCUUCCACAUACUGGUACUUUAUCUUGGCUGUUAGUAAUUUUAGAGAAAUGAGAAACUAUUUUCCAUUUUAUCUGAAAACGUUGUUGUUGUUGUGCUAGUCGAAAAAUAACUUUCAGUUCACUACAAAUUUAUUUCACUUGAGUAUUCUUGUCAUAGUCAUGUUUUUGAAGAUUUAUAGAAGAUUAACUCUAUACUAGAAGAAUGUAUAGUUGGAAGUGAAUAAAGUUACAAACCACACAA